AUGGGCAUGCGCAACUGCCUCUACGGCAAUAAUAUGUCAGGACAACGCGAUAUCCCCCUUGAACCCGAGGAACAGCCCGAGCAACCGCCUCUGGAGGCCCCAGGGGCAGCUGCCCCCAGUGCUGGGCCUGGCGCAGCCGAAGAAAUGGAGACCCAAUCGCCUCCCAGGGAGCCCAUCCCCAUCGAGACUGAAGGCGAGGCCUGUGGACCUCCCGAGGCCUCCGGACCCGACUUCCAGAGCGAGGCAGGCCCGGAAGUCGGAGCCCAUGGAGGCUACAGCCCACCUCCCGAGGAAGCCAUGCCCUUCGAGGUCAAGCAGCCCAGCGUGGGAGGCUUCUGGCCUGCCCCGGGGCCGCCUGCAGACGCCAGGGGGGCCCCUGCAGGCCCCCCGGCCAUUAGCCCAGCGCUCGUGGAGCCCGGAGCCAGCGGUGAGGCCAGACCAGACCUGGGAAGAAGCUACAGCCCUCCGCCCGAAGAAGCCAUGCCCUUCGAGUGUGAGCAGCCCGCCCAGGGAGCGUGCAGCCAGCCUCGCGUGCAGCUCUCAGAGCUCGCUCCAGGAGGCCCGGCUGUGGGGGUCUUUAGCGCCCCCUCAGAGGAGCCCCAAGUCCUCAGACCUGCCUACGCAGGCUGCGGCGGAAACUGCAGCCCUCCCCCAGAGGAGGCGAUGCCAUUUGCGUUUGAUGGAGCAGCCUUUGGGGACGACAGCCCACCCCCUGGGCUCCCCCGAGCUGUCCUACAAAUCCACGACGGUGGCGGCAGCCACUUCGCGGCAGUCGCGGAGCCGAGUGCGAUCCUCCUCGCUCCCGCCGCGAACGAGCCCCCCCUCUGGGUCCCAGGAGCCAUCGUCAGCACAUCCGGAGCGGCUGUCAGAGCUCCUCCACACUUCGUGGGCGGCAGCCCCCCGAUGGAGGUCUCCGGACCCCAGCUCGAGAUUGGUAGCGCCCCCGUUGGGGUCGACGACGCUCCCGUCAACAUGGACAGCCCCCCAAUCGCGCUUGACAGCCCGCCCAUCGAGGUCUCCGGAGCCCCAGCUGAGACAGAGCGAGCAGAGGGAGAGAGACCCCCAGUUGAAGGCGAAGCAGCCGAGAUGGAAGGAAGCUCAGCCGCCGCAGCCGCAGCCACAGCCGCAGAGGGAGACAAACUCCCUUCUCCCGGAGCCGGAGCCGGAGCCGGAGACGGAGACCGAGCUCCUGCCGCCGGGGCCCCAGCUGCCGCCCCCGGAGCUCCAGACGCCGGAGCUCCAGACGCCGGGGCUCCAGACGCCGGGGCUCCAGACGCCGGAGCUCCAGACGCCGGAGCUCCAGACGCCGGGGCAGCCACCGAUGCCUCAGUCGCUCCAGCUGCCCCAACUGCCCCAGCAGCUGCCGAUGUCCCAGCAGCGCCAGCCACCCCAGCCGCCCAAGCAGCUCCCGCCGCCGGGGCAGAGCCCGCCGCCGGGGCAGCUCCCGCCGCCGGGGCAGAGCCCGCCGCCGGGGCAGAGCCCGCCGCCGGGGCAGAGCCCGCCGCCGGGGCAGAGCCCGCCGCGGCAGAGCCCGCUGCCCCCGCGGCCCGAGCCGCCCGAGCCGCCCAAGCAGCUCGAGCCGUGUCUGCUUCCUGGGCAACCUCAGCCAGAGGAGCCCGUCCCAACCCCCGUUUCCUUAGACCCCCCAGCCCCGAGAUCCAGGCUGCCGAUCCGCCUACUCCGCAACCUGCUCGCACACAUGCCUGGCGGGCCAGGUCCGAGCGCGAGCGCGACCCCGACGACGGAGGAUCGGCCAGCAGCAGCGAUGAGUCCAGCGAUGGGGCCUUCGGAUGCACCGUCUGCUGGGACUCAAAGCGAAAUCGCCGCCGCCGCCGCCGAAAGCCGAAGCGUAACUUGUUCCGCAACUUCAUCGACCGGACCCUCGCGGCCUGCUUCGGCCAUCAGCGCGGAGCCCCGCACAGCCCCAAGGUCACGACGAUUCCCAUGUUGGAGAGGGGCAGACCGACGCGCCAGGAGCUCCAGGAGCGGCUCGCCCAGCAGCGCGAACAGAAGAAGCACAGCCAGCUCAUCGACAAGCAACUCCAGGAGGAGAAGAUGGGUUACAUGUGUACGCACCGCCUGCUGCUUCUAGGUGCGGGAGAGUCUGGUAAAAGCACCAUUGUCAAGCAAAUGAGGAUUCUGCAUGUUAAUGGGUUUAAUGGAGAUGAGAAGGCCACCAAAGUGCAGGACAUCAAAAACAACCUGAAGGAGGCCAUUGAAACCAUUGUGGCCGCCAUGAGCAACCUGGUGCCGCCCGUGGAGCUGGCCAACCCCGAGAACCAGUUCCGCGUGGACUACAUUCUGAGUGUGAUGAACGUGCCAGACUUUGAUUUCCCUCCCGAAUUCUACGAGCACGCCAAGGCUCUGUGGGAGGACGAGGGCGUCCGCGCCUGCUAUGAGCGCUCCAACGAGUACCAGCUGAUUGACUGUGCCCAGUACUUCCUGGACAAGAUUGAUGUCAUCAAGCAGGAUGACUAUGUCCCCAGCGAUCAGGACCUGCUUCGCUGCCGUGUCCUGACUUCUGGAAUCUUUGAGACCAAGUUCCAGGUGGACAAAGUCAACUUCCACAUGUUUGACGUGGGCGGCCAGCGUGAUGAACGCCGCAAAUGGAUCCAAUGCUUCAAUGAUGUGACUGCCAUCAUCUUCGUGGUAGCCAGCAGCAGCUACAACAUGGUCAUUCGGGAGGACAACCAGACCAACCGCCUGCAGGAGGCUCUGAACCUCUUCAAGAGCAUCUGGAACAACAGAUGGCUGCGCACCAUCUCUGUGAUUCUGUUCCUCAACAAGCAAGACCUGCUCGCUGAGAAAGUCCUCGCUGGAAAAUCGAAAAUUGAGGACUACUUUCCAGAAUUUGCUCGCUACACUACUCCUGAGGAUGCGACUCCCGAGCCUGGAGAGGACCCACGCGUGACCCGGGCCAAGUACUUCAUCCGCGAUGAGUUUCUGAGAAUCAGCACUGCCAGUGGAGAUGGGCGCCACUACUGCUACCCCCACUUCACCUGCGCUGUGGACACCGAGAACAUCCGCCGUGUGUUCAACGACUGCCGCGACAUCAUCCAGCGCAUGCACCUCCGUCAGUAUGAGCUGCUCUAAGAAGGGAACCCCCAAAUUUAAUUAAAGCCUUAAGCACAAUUAAUUAAAAAUGAAAUGUAAUUGUACACGCAGUUAAUCACCCACCAUAGGGCAUGAUUAACAAAGCAACCUUUCCUUUCCCCCUUGAGUGAUUUUGCGAAACCCCCUUUUCCCUUUCAGCUUGCUUAAAUAUUCCAAAUUUAGAAAGCUUAAGGCGGCCUUCAGAUAAAGAAAAAGAAAAAAAGGCCAAAAUGGUUCCCUCUCUCUUUAAGUAACUAAAAUUAACAGCAGCAAACAGAAAUAAAAGAAAUAAAUGAAUUAAAUGAAUUAAAUGAAUUAAAUAUUGUCUUGUGCAGCAUUAAAAAAUCAAUAAAAAUUUAAAAAUAGCA